AAGCUUCAGUGGAGACACUUUUUCUCAUGAUAACUCUCUCGAAACUGAAUUUCCAUUCCUAGAGGUAGAUUUCUCUCACUCUCUGCUGUCUCACCCCUGUUCUUAACUAUGAGCCGUUUGUAAGUCUGAUGUUUGUAACUCUGGGACUGCCUAUAUAGUGAUUUAUCCUAUUCUUUUGUUUCUUCCCAUUUAGCAGGAAACUGAAAUUUGACUCAGAGCCAUAAUGUCACACUAACUAGAUAGAUUGAUAGUUUUCCAAUAUGUUCAAAGUGGGUUAUGUGUGGAGAUAAUCUAAACAAAUGGUAUCAUUUUAAUCAUGCUGCAAAGCACACUUGUUCUGGUGAACAAACAGGAAAGCUAGCAUGAAGACUAUGCAGUUUGUAGUCAAAACAUAGCAAUGUCAUAAAUGAUACUGUGUGAGACCACCACUUGUUUUGUCUUAUAUUCUACUCCACAUAUGUAAUAUGUGACUCAUCUUUAUUGAUAACCAGGGGAAGGGUAGAUUUGAAGUCAGCUGGUUAAUGAAUCUGCUCUAACUAUUCCAAAGUAUUCAGAUAACCAGGAAACUAUCCAGUGAAUUUUUUUGUGGACAGAGUGCAGCCCAUUGUUACCUCCUUGAAGGUUGGACUAAAAUUUCCGUACUCCACUGAACAUGAGCCAACAGCACCACCUGACAGUUAUUCUAAACUUUAACUUCCUUACUUGCCUUUUGGACAUAAUGUGUUUUUCAGCUGCUUCAGUGAUUCCAAAACAUUGGUUCUCCAGAUGUUUAAAAUAUCAGCUCUCAGAACCCAUAGCUGAUUGCCGAACAGUCAGGAAUUUUGGGAGCUGAAGACUAAAAUAUCCGGAGAGCAAAGGUUUUGUAAUUACUCUAAAGCUUGAUUGUAUGUAAAAGAAAAAUACAGCCACCUUUAUCUGUGUUCUAAACUUCAUGAUAGCCGGACUUCAGUAGCUUCAUGCAUUUAUUCUGUUCUUUGCAAUCAUUAAAAGGUUUAAAACGUGAGAUGCAACUAUAAAACCACAAUUGUUUUUGAAUGUCCUUAGUACAAAAAGAAAUCUGUUCAUUUUUUUCCAAAAAUGAGUCAAUUGCCACCCACUAAAAUAUAUUUUAACCAUUUGCCCUGUUAACAGUAAAACAAUAUCAAGUUUCUCAUUUUUAUGUCUGAAAACCUCGAUCACUCAUGAGUCAUUCCCAAAUGAAAGCAAACUGUUCACCGUGUUAAAAUCAAAACACGCUGUAUUUUUUCUAUGGCUCAUCUCAUACAUAAAUUGAACAAGAGACAUUUGAACUUGUUCCUGCCCUUUUAAAAAGUCUUGUAUAUUUGUUUUACCAUAUGAGAAUGGAUUGGAACACAUGGACCAACUCUCCAUUGGCAAAAAAAGAUGGACUCAACUUGCAGCCCAUGCUGGCAUUCCAGGUAACAUCUGGCUAUGUCUGGAGUGGAUCCAUCUUUUGGAGGCUCUGAUCACAAUUUUACUUUACAGCAAACCUGCAGUUCUCCCAGUAGUGUCGACUUCACACCAAUAAUUCCUGACCAUUGUACAAGCUAGCUAAGAUUUCUGCGAGUUGUAGUUCCAAAUUCUAGGAGGGCUGUGAGUUGUGCAAGCCUGAUUUAAACUAAGCAAAGUCCGGGAAAGGUACAGUAAGAAUUCUGGUUCUUCUGCCAUGCUGAUAGCUGUACUGGAACCAAUUUUUCCCAAUCAGUUAUCCAUAUGGCAAAAGAUACACCAUCUCCUAUCCCCAUGUGAUCAACAUAGAAAAGGAGAGGAAUCCCUCCUUGUUGAUUACACGUUGAUCACGCUUCGCAUGCUUUUACAGAGUUCCCAGGAUAGUGAGGAAGUGGCAGCAGUGGCACUGAAAACAGAGGACAACACAGUAGGGUCAAUUCAAGCCUUACCUGUAUGGAGAAUAGCAUGUCAUUGUACAGGAUUCAUGUAGAUGUCCUCAUGGAUCAUCUGAGACAUCUCAGAAGCACAAUACUCUGGAUUAAGAGACUAAUGAAGAUGAGAUAUUGGGGUCAACCAAAUGUGUCAUAUGGCUAUACUAGAAUAAUUUCCUCAUGUAUUCUUUCUCCAAACAGGACCAUCCCUCCCUUCUUCUCUCUCCCUACUUACCUCCUGCUUCUCUCUUACUCUCUGGAAUUUGUCUGAGAAGCACCUUCAUUUUGACCAUGGGAAGCACACUUUCUCUGAACUAUACAGGCGAACAACAAAACUAUCCUGGAAAUUAUUCAAUUUGCAGUGGCAGCUUUAGAAAUGUUCUCAAUAAAGCUGAAUUGUUUUUCGUACAAUUGUUCAGUAUAGCAUUCCUUUCCCCACGCAACUCAAAUGUGCAUGUGGUUUUUUUCCUAACCUUCCUUAUUGGCAUUGUGGGGAUUGUGGGGAAUGGAAGUGUGAUUUGGCUGCUCGGUGUUCAUGUUAAGAGAAAUAAUUUCACCAUCUAUGUCUUGAACUUAGCUAUCGCUGAUUUUGGUAUGCUUAUGAGUAUAACUGCUUUAGGUGUCUUAAUGAGUAUUGCUCUAUCAAAAGAAUAUGAUAUCAUUACAAAGGUGUUGUUUUUGGGGCAAAUCAGUAGCUUCACAUAUUAUGUGGGUUUAUAUCUUCUGACAGCUAUUAGUGUGGAAAGGUGUCUUUCCAUCCUCUUUCCCAUCUGGGUCCGUUGUCACCGGCCAAAACACCUUUCCCUCAUUGUAUCAGUCCUGUUCUGGAUAGUAUCUGCCCUGACUACUGUAACUGAAUUCUUGCUUCUAUAUUUUUGUUUGCUAGACUCUUGGCUUACAUUUUCUAGGAUUUAUUCUGGUAUAAAACUAUUUAUCUUCACACCAAUCAUGGUGGUCUCAACUCUAACCCUAUUUAUCAAGAUGUCCUUUAGGCAUCAGUCAGGAAAACUGCACAAAACUCUGCUGAUUGUUCUCCUUUUCUUCAUUAUCACUGCUGUUCCAAUUAGCAUUUUUUUCUUCUUCUCCAUCAUUGAUUAUAAUUUUCAUUCUAUUGCCAUUCCAAUUUAUAACCUUUUAAUUGUUCUGAACAGCAGCAUCAACCCAAUCAUUUACUUUUUUGUUGGGAAUCAGUGCACCUGUAAAUCCUGGGGAUCCAUCAAAGUUGUGUUUCAAAAUGUUUUUAAAGAUGAAACAGACCUUUCAGAAGUAGGUUGAAUAUUAAUGACCUAAUAAUGAAAUAAGAGAACAGAAAUUCAAAUUCAGAUUCUCCAAAAAAUUAAGAUAAUGAGUCUUCUUGAAAUCAUAGAAUUUAAAAACAGAAAAUAGCAAAACAACCCAAUGGUUUUAUCAACUUUGGGAAGUCAAUUUUGGACAAAACAAAUUCUAGUUUCAUGUGCAAUUACAGUAGAGUCUCAUUUAUCUAACCUUCGCUUAUCCAAUGUUCUGUAUUAUCCAACGCAGUCUACCUUUUAGUUGUCAAUGUUUUUGUAGUCAAUGUUUUCAAUACAUUGCAAUGUUUUGGUGCGAAUCUCAUAAAUACUCUACAGUAAUUACUACAUAACGUUACCGUGUAUUGAGCUGCUUUUUCAGUCAGUUUAUUGUAAAACAAUUUGUUUUGGUGCAUAAUUUGUAAACUCAUAACAUAAUUUGAUAUUUAAUAGGCUUUUCCUUUAGCAAGACUCUACUGUAUAUGUAGUAUUUGAGUAACUGAUAUAAUCAAAAUCCUAAAAUAUAAAAAAAACAGGGGAAAAGAAAGGGCAGUGAGACUCUGCUGUAUCUGUAGUA